AUGCGGAGGGGGAGGAAGAGCAGCAGCAGCAAGAUGCACACGCAGCAGCAGCAGCAGCAGCAGCAGCAGCAGCAGCAGCAGCAGCAGCAGCAGCAGCACGCGAAGGAGCAUCAUCAUCCGCAGCAACACCAACAGCAACAGGCUGCAGCAGCACCAUCAACAGCAACACCGCCACCGAGAGCAGUAGCAGCAACAGCAACAGCAACAGAAGCAGCAGCAUCAACAGGAGCAGCAGCAGCAACAGGAGCAGCAGCAGCAGCAGCAGACCAUCUUUCCUGCUGCAGAUAA